UAGGGAAUGCUGCGCGGUCAAGAUUUCUCCCGGGUUGAGCUGAGCUCGGACAGGACGCUAGACUGACUGCAUCUGUGUGCGAGCUGUAAGACCAGCUGGGCUAUGAGAGAACACAUUGCAGAGGCUCAGAAGUGACAGAAAGUGGACACAGCUUCGUGAGGACAGUGUCUCGGACCACAGACAUAGACACAAACACUUACCCUAACAAACACUGCAACAGUCACACAGCUGGUUUUAACCAGGCCAGUAUUUGCGUUUGACCCCACUUUACCAUCUCAGGUGCAGGAAGGCAUUUAGACAGACAGACAUUAGUGAGAUUCAUCCCACCCCCCCAUCACUAUUAUAUUCACACCUGUUGGCAGAUUCCUUCAUUAUAAAAUUUGUUUUGUACUCGCUGACCAAACACCCAUCUCUGACCCACAUAUUCCUCUCUCAUGGGAGUAACAUAGAAAACAGCCCAGCAAAGGCACUCUCUGCUCACUUUCUCUCACUCACUCACACACACACACACACAGACUCAUCUGCACCGUAUUCAGGAUGCCCUCCUCCUCCAGCGUGAUUAGCUGGGGAAGGAUGUGGCUCUUGUGGUGAUUGGAGGGGGGAGUGAAGCGGAGCUGGACCCAUGUCGUGGAAGCGGAACUACUUUGCGUCAGGCAGCAGUGGGCUGCAGGGGAUGUUUACCCCACGCACCAUGACCUCCAUCGCACCCAGCAAAGGCCUGAGCAAUGAGCCGGGUCAGAACAGCUGCUUCCUAAACAGUGCGCUACAGGUCCUUUGGCAUCUUGACAUCUUCCGCAGAAGCUUCCGUCAACUGAACACCCACAAGUGCAUGGAGGACUCGUGCAUCUUCUGCGCUCUGAAGAGCAUCUUCGCCCAGUUCCAGUUCAGCAGUGAAAAGGUGCUCCCAUCGGACGCUCUGCGCAGCGCUCUGGCCAAAACCUUCCAAGACGAGCAGCGCUUCCAGCUGGGCAUCAUGGACGACGCGGCUGAGUGUUUCGAGAAUCUCCUGAUGCGGAUCCACUUCCACAUCUCGGAUGAGACCAAGGAGGACAUCUGCACGGCAAAGCACUGCAUCCCACAUCAGAAGUUUGCCAUGACACUUUUCGAACAGUGUGUUUGUAAUAAUUGUGGCGCCACGUCAGAUCCUCUCCCUUUCAUUCAGAUGGUGCACUACAUCUCCACCACCUCUCUCUGUAACCAAGCUGUGCGAAUGCUGGAAUGUAAGGAGAAGCCCACACCCGACAUGUUUGGAGAGCUUCUCCGCAACGCCAGCACCAUGGGCGAUCUGCGAAACUGUCCGAGUAAUUGUGGCGAAAUGUUGCGGAUUCGGCGGGUUCUGAUGAACUGCCCGGAGAUCAUCAGCAUCGGCCUGGUGUGGGACUCAGACCACUCUGAUCUAGCCGAAGACGUCAUCCACAGCCUGGGCACGUGCCUGCGGUUGGGUGAUCUGUUCUACCGUGUGACGGAUGAGCGGGCCAAGCAUUCAGAACUCUACCUUGUGGGCAUGGUUUGCUACUACGGCAAGCAUUACUCCACCUUCUUCUUCCAGACCAAGAUACGCAAGUGGAUGUACUUCGAUGACGCACAUGUAAAGGAGAUUGGACCCAAAUGGAAGGAUGUGGUGUCGAGAUGUAUAAAAGGCCACUACCAGCCACUCCUGCUGCUAUAUGCUGACCCCCGAGGAACGCCCGUGUCAUCGCAGGACAUGCUGGCAGCGCAGUUAGACCUGCAUCACAGCAGCAAGGCUGGCUAUGACAGCGAAGACUCUGGGAGGGAGCCCUCAAUUUCAAGUGACACCCGCACAGACUCUUCCACAGACAGCUGCAGCUACAAGCACUCUCGAUCACACCAUGAGUCCAUGGCCUCCUAUUUCUCUUCUGACUCUCAGGGAACUGUGGUGUGUAAUCAGGACAGCAGCGGUUCCCAAAACAGCGUGGACACUGCAGGGGAGGUUCUUAAAGAUCGGGCCACUCCCCUUUGUACGCCAAGAACCUCUUCUACUGGUCAUCUGCAGGAUUAUAAAGAGACUGUGAAUAUGAUCCACAGCAGACCCCUCUCAUCGUCCUCUAGUUCAGGGGUGGGCGGCUCGGAGGCUGGGGCUCGGUCGAGGGACUGGGAAGACGAGAGCACCAGCAGUGAGUCUAAGUCUAGCUCCAGUGGAGGGUGCUAUCGGCCCACUUGGAGACCAAGGAGAGAGGCUCUGAACAUUGACAGCAUCUUCAGCCAGGAAAGGCUUCGGCCGCCUGGGUACGCCACGCUCGCGCCCUCCCCGCUGCUGGAAGACCCGAUGUCACCGGUGCACAGCGAGCUGGUCUCAGGGGCUGCGGCGGGGGGGUCAAAUAUUGUAGCAGAAGAGACUGGAGCCAUGACCGAUGGUUCAAGGUGCGUGUCAGAGACAGGAGUGGAACAUCUACCGAUCCCACCACCUUUAAGAGGCAUAGAACAGCAGCCUCGGCUAAUCCAGAGGAUGGAGAGUGGCUACGAAAGCAGUGAGAGGAACAGUAAUAGCCCCAUCAGCAUGGACAUGCCCCUCAGUGACAACCAGAGCACCAGUGCUCACAGGGACAGUGGCAGUAAGAGGCCAAUAACUUCUGGGCCCUCCUGGCGCACUGUGCCCAAGUCCAAAAGCAGCAGUGCCAUCCUGCAAGACCUCAAAUCACCUACCUGGAGCACCACUCCACUGAGUUUGGGAGAGGGGCGCAGUGAGCUGGAUGAAUUACAAGAGGAAGUUGCUCGCAGGGCCAGGCAGCAGGAGCUCCAGAGAAAGAAGGAGAAAGAGAGAGAAGCAGCGCAGGGCUUCAACCCCAGACCCAGCAAGUUCAUGGACUUGGAUGAACUUCAGCACCAGGGGAAGGGGGGCAGUUUUGAGCACUGCCUGGCGGAGGCUGACUCUCUCUUAGAGCAGUCGCUGCGUCUGGAGCAAGCUGGGGACACAGCUACAGCCCUGGCGCUCUCCCACCAUGCUGUGUCUAAACUAAGAUUUUCCAUGCAUGAGGGCAGUGCUAACACUCAUAGCAGGACUAUGGCUGCUGACGCCAAGCUGCAAAAAUGCAUGAGGAGAGCGCGGGGCCUACAGCAGCGCAUGCAGCAAGAGCAAGAGCAGCAGCAGGAGCUCAGCCACCCACAGGGGCCCACCAGUGAACACCCUGGCCCGGACCAAGUAUUGUUGACAGACAAUCAGGAAGAGGUCUGGGAGACCAAUCAGUUUUCUGUGCUUGGCCCACCCUCUCCUCAACACAUGAAAUCACCCUCCUCUUGUACAAACUCUCCAUCUCAGUCCUCUAGCCACCCAUCGCUCAAACCUCGGCCUGCCUCUUCUCAGGCGCAACCCCAAGAGCCAGAUGAACGUAUCAAAACGCAGAAUAAGGAGGAAUGGGGUGGCAUCAGGUUAUCAGAUGUACUCCAAGCAUCAGGCAUUCGGAUCAUGCCCAUACGCAAGCACCUGGCCAUAUCUCUACCUUCUUUGCCCCUUGACUUCUGGGGUGUUUUGGGAGAGGACGAAGAGAUCUCCAGCUGUCAGCGCUCUCAAGCUUCGUUCUCUCAAUCUCCAAAUCCUCCUUUGUGGCAGGGCACUGCAGAUUGUCUUGACCGGAUACCCCAAUCCAGCAGGGCCACAAGUCCACCACCUGUCCCUGUUGAUGAGAAGGGGGCGAAGCCCCGACGAGCCCCCAUAUGGCAGCCUCUGUCUGCAUCUUCCCAACCAUGCUCCAAACUGAACCCUCCUGUUGCUGCCUGCCAUUGGUCCUCUUGGAGCCUAGACCGCCCUGAUGCUGUCGUCACCCCCUACGACACACCACCUGACCAGAACCAGCGGACUGGAACCGCUCUCUAUCAACACACAUCUGGAAGACACCUUGCUCCUCACAGUCCCGUUAGCACCAGGAAGAAGAACAUCUCUAAGCACUCAAACUUCCAAAGCAUGGAGCUGGAACCCACAGCGGCAGAGGACCAGGAACUCUCUGAACUGGACUCACUCUACCAGGCUAGUCUCCAGGCUGGCCCGGGUCCUGGCCGAGCCCUGUGUGGUACCAGCUCACCUGCUGUUGGGAGACAAGUACCUCCUGCUGCACGUAAGCUGCUCACUGGAGUUGGACGUUCCCGAACCCCCACGGCUGAGCUUGAGAGAACCGCUUAUGGACCACCAGGUUGUAGCAGCCCUACUGGAUACACAAACAUGUCCCUGUCAGUGGCCCAUCAAGAGCUGCAGUCAAGAGAGGAAGACCAGUAUGAUGCAGAUCACCUGCGCCGUAUUGCUCGCAGCCUGAGUGGAACUGUGAUAGGAAGACGGCAAAACCGACUUGCUGUCUCCCGAAGCUUCCUGGGGGACUCCGGGGUUUCGCCAUAUCACAGCUCCAUGUACUCACCUAGUUGCCUUCAGUUUCAAUUGUCUCAUUCAGACCUCCAUCUGCUCCAGCCCAGCUAUCUUCAUCUCCUUCCAUCAUCUUCACCUCUGUCUCAGCAGCCUGGGCCUUGCAGAGAGGUCCCAGGACGUCUCCAGAGGUUCUCCAAGCUUCUGGCUGUGUUUGACGGGCGUCAAACUGUCUCCAGUGGGAAGCACUACGGUCCAGCACUGAGGUGUCCCAACCAAUUGGCUUUGGAUGCAACCAUGUCCUCCAGCCCUGGAAGGUUUCCACCGAUGCAUUUCUUCUUCUGGACGACCUUUCUGCUCACCAAUCCCAUUCUCUUCACAGUUUCUUGGAGAACUGGAAGGAGCACUUCCCAGACCUGAUGCCAUCCUCAGUCACCAUGUAUUGGUCCUUGGGUGAUGUUCUUUCAUUACCCUGCUCUAGUCGCUAAUUCUUUCCACGCAAAAGCCCCCAAAACUCGAUCCACAGCAUGCUGGAAAGAGCCACAGAAACCAACUUUUUUUUUCUUCCCACAAGCACUGGUAUGGUGUGAUGCUUUGGGGCUCAGGUGUGUGUGUGUGUGUGUAUGACUAACCUAUGGUCGGACCUGCAGCAUGCAAUGUUAGGAGCGUUGGGUCCAGACCCGGAUCCCGCGCAGUGAGCCAUCCAACCCAGAGCACUUAACUUAAUUAACUAAAAUGUUUAAUUAACUGCAGAGGAGAAUCAUACUGUACCUCCAUGCUGCACUAAACAGUAAAUGUGUGUUUGUGUGUAUGCGUGCGUGCAUGUGUUGGGUAGUAAAAGGGGAGGGGCUUAUUGCAACUCUGCCCUCUUUAACUUUUACAGUACUGGUAAAAAGUUUGGAAUAAUUUGGAUUUUUUUUAAUGUUUGAAAGACAUCUCUUAUGCUCAAUAAAGCCAUAUCUAUUUGUAUACAGUAAA